GAUGCCGAAACUUAACGAGUAGGCUGUUUGUUUUGGGCGUUGAAGAAAACACGUGGGAGAAUUGGCAUAUAUAGGCUAGAGGAGUCCGAGCCGAGGGAAUGAAGCGGUGCUUUUUAAACUAUCCGUUAUGGAGAUGGGGAAAGAAGAGAUUGCCGCUAAAGAGUGCGUGGUUUUAAUGAAGCCCGCGAGCCGUCUGAAGACACAGUUCCACUCACUGCGGCGACAGGUAUACUUCUUCCAGUCCAUAUGUGUGCUAUUCUGCUUCACCAGCUGCCUGUUCACGAUCAUCAAUCACGCAUACCCGUCGACGUGCAAGGAAAAUAUAACUGAGGCACCUAAAAUUGGAAUGCAGCGUCAGAGCAGCAACGCAAUGACCCCGACACAAAUAAACACAUCCAUCACUCGUCUGACAGUGAAAGAAAGUGAUUUGCCUAAAGACGGAAUUUUUGCUAAAGAAGAACAACUUGUGCCAUGGCAGCUCUCACUAGAAAAUCUGGCACCAAACCAUAUCCAAUACUUGACCUUGGAAAACAAAACAUCUCUGAGGGUCAUUCGUGACGGAACGUACAAAGUUUCUUUGCAGAUCACGUACAGAGGAACCAAUGAAUGGAUGAACACAAUUGAUGGGAGCUACAUUCUGGAGCAUAAUAUUAAGCAUCACACUGACAGAUAUAGUAAAGAGGCCCUGCUUCUGCUCACCUACAUUGAAACAGUGACAUUUACAUCCCGAUACUGGAAAAAAAGUAUGUUCUCUGAAGGUAUUUUUUUCCUCGAAUCUGGGGAUAGACUCGAGGUAGGGACCAACAGUCUGCCCCUUAUUGAUUCUGGAAAAAAUGCGGGGAAAAAAACAGUCUUUGUGGUGUAUCCUCAUUUUUCCACAUGAGGAGAAUAUGGCGAAAAUAAAAACAAAAAUGACAUUCCCUCUGUGCUUUGCACAAAGAUCGAAAGGGCUACCAUGAAUGAUGUAUCAUAUUCAUUUGUCUGUCAUCUAAACCGGUUAUUUUACUGUCAGCAGAAUAAUUUGGAUCUCAGAUAUAUUUGAGAUAUAA